UUGCCAGUCUGUGGAUGCUCAGUGGCCCAUGAACAGCUUGGAUUUAACUGCUGGGCGGCUGGCUAACAGGUGGCGUUUAGAGGAAACAGUGGGAGCUCUGUGCAGAAGGGGAAAGCAGCAUCAUGCAGCAGAUCAAGACAUGGUCCCUUCUCCUGGUUCUCUGUGCUGGAUGUUUGGACGCUUGGUUUUACAAUAAUAAACCCUCAACGGAGAGGCUAAAGGACGCAAAAACAAAAGAUACCACCACUCCCACUGCUGUACUGAUGAGGGAAGGGAAGGAGGAUGGUAACCUGUCGGAUGUUGGGGAGGAAAUCCUCAAAGUAGCCACAGGAAUCCGUAAUUUAAUCGAUGAAUGGGAUGCAAAUACAACCGCCCGGACUACAACUGGAAACCAGACAAGGAUGAUGGAGACAGCAAAGCCCAACAUUACAGAUGAAACAGAAGAAAGUGGUGUCUCUUUGCCCCAGCUGAUUGGAGAUCCUCCAGCCGAUUCAAUAACCAAAGUUUCUGGUCCGGUGGGAGAGCUUGCAUACCGAUUCACCUCCACAUCAUCGACGGGCCAGCUGGCUCGAGCACAUGUCCCCACUCCUUUCUACAGGGACUUCACCCUCAUUUUCCACAUCAGACCUUCCACUCCUGCUGCUUCCACCCUGUUCUCCAUCACAGACAGCUCCCAGAAACUGAUAUACAUCGGUGUGAAGCUCAGCGCAGUGCAGGCUGGUCGUCAGAAGGUCCAGUUCUUCUACACUGAACCUGAUUCUGAGGCUUCCUACGAAGCGGCCAGUUUUGACGUCCCAAGCCUUGUGAACACGUGGAGCCUUUUUGCUCUUUCUGUGAAUGAUGAGUUGCUCACAUUUUACCCGGAGUGUGACAGGGAUCCGCAGGUGGUGAGGUUUGAGCGCUCGCCUGACCCGAUGGACCUGGAGGCAGGAAGUGCGAUCUUCGUGGGCCGAGCAGGACCAGCUGAUCUAAAUAGUUUUGAGGGGGAUAUUGCUGAGCUGAAACUGGUGGGAGACCCUCUGGCUUUUCAGCGCUACUGUGAUGAAGAUGGUUACCCCAAUGAAGGUUCUGGUGAAAGUGGCAGCGGUGAAGCUGAUAGGAAACAGGAAGGAAACGCUGUGCUGACCUUUCCACCCCGUCCGAUCCCAGUGCCUCCACCUAUAUACCCAGAAGGAAAGGGAAUCGGAAUCAAAGGCGCCAAAGGUGAAAAGGGUGACAGGGGAGAAAAAGGCUCCCAGGGAGACCGAGGUCCUGCGGGGCCUAAAGGAGAUUCAGGCUCAGGAGUUUCAACAGAGGGAGGAGGGCAUGGCGGAAAAGGAGAAAAGGGCGUAAAGGGUGAGUCUGGCAUUGGAUACCCUGGAAGAAAGGGUGAACGUGGCGCUCAGGGGCCGCCUGGUCCUCCUGGUCCUACUGGACCGGCGGCUGAGGUUGUCCGUCUGGGUGACGGAUCUGUUGUACAGCAAGUGGCUGGUCCUCCUGGACCACCAGGGCCACCAGGCCUCGAUGGGGCGGAAGGUCCUCCAGGAACUGAUGGAGAGCCUGGAGAUCCAGGAGAAGACGGAAAAACUGGUCCUCCAGGAUCAAGAGGUCUUCCAGGAACACCUGGAAUACCUGGUGUAAAAGGCGAAAAGGGGGAACCUGGAGAAGGCUCACCUGGACCCAGAGGCCCCCCAGGUCUCCCAGGACCUCCAGGACCUACUACUGGUGAUCGUCCAACAUUUGCUGACAUGGAGGGAUCAGGAUUCCCAGACUUCCGGGUUGCACGUGGUCCCCCCGGCCCCCCAGGUCCCCCUGGCCUUCCUGGCAUCCCUGGUACUUCAGUGGCCCUCGGACCAGACGGUCCGAUAGCCUCUGGGCCUCCUGGACCUCCUGGACUUCCUGGACUUCCUGGACAAGAUGGAAUGCCUGGUCUCCCUGGGCCCCCUGGUCCUCCUGGUAGACCUGGACCCAGAGGAGAAAAGGGGGAUAGUGGUGACCUUGGCCUUCCGGGACCAGCUGGAGAAAAGCAGGAGACAGAGGACUCCAAUCCUUUCAAUUACCUGUUCUCUUUCUUUGCUCCAUCCUCUACGGGUUCUCAGGGUGACCCAGGAAGGACCGGCACACCUGGGCAGAGCGGUUUGGCAGGUCUUCCAGGUCCCAUGGGACCAGUCGGGCCUCCGGGGCCUCCUGGACCACCAGGUCCCCCAUACCUUGCUGGCAGUGGGAACCAAAAUGAGGUGCUGAACGGCUUGCCUGGCCUAAGAGGUCCACCAGGACCGCAGGGUCCACCUGGUAUAGCUGGUCUACCUGGUAAGCCAGGUUUUCCAGGGAACAAUGGAGCCAAAGGAGCAGAAGGACCACGAGGAGCUCCUGGGAUUCCAGGCACUGAUGGAUACCCUGGAAGACCAGGUGACAAGGGGGACAGAGGAGAGAAGGGCGAGAUGGGUCUCCCAGGUCGAGACGGUGGACCGCCUGGACCACCUGGACCUCCAGGACCACCAGGAGAAAUUAUAUACCAGCCAUCAAGAGAUUUUAACGAGGUUUAUUGGAACGAUUUGGGACAGAGAGAAUCAGGGCAGGUUGGGUUUCCAGGACCAAUUGGACCAAAAGGAGACAAAGGGGAUGCUGGUGCUCCAGGAUAUGCUUCUAAGGGGGAGAAGGGAGAACCCGGCCUCAUCGUGGGGUCUGAUGGGACACCUUUGUAUCCAGGCCUCACAGGAUAUCCGGGGGAACGAGGAUUUCCUGGUCCAGAGGGGCCUCCAGGUCCGCAGGGUCCAGCUGGACCUAAGGGAGAGAUUGGUUUCCCUGGGCGACCAGGUCGGCCGGGAUUAAACGGGGUCAAAGGAGAGAAGGGAGAAUCUAGCAGCGGGUCUGGAUAUGGUUACCCUGGUGUUCCAGGUCCUCCAGGACCCCCUGGACCUCCUGGACCUCCUGGAGGGUAUGAUGAGUACAACAGGAAUUACGCAGUUAAAGGAGAUAAAGGUGAUCCUGGACCACCAGGAAUACUUGAAAUUCAAGGUCUGGGAGAAGGCUUUGACUUUUAUAAUUUAAAGAGAGAGCUGAAAGGUGACAUGGGCUUAAAAGGAGAAAAAGGAGAACCAGGAGGAGGAUAUUAUGACCCCCGCUAUGAAGGAGGAGCAGUUGGUCCACCAGGAGCACCCGGACCUCAAGGCCCAAGAGGAGAAUCAAUUGUUGGUCCACCAGGCCCUCAGGGGCCUCCUGGACCACCAGGAAGAGGCUAUGAUGGUCAACCUGGACAACCAGGGCCACCAGGACCUCCUGGACCAUACUUGUCUGGACCCUAUGGGGGAACACAGACUAUAAGUAUUCCUGGACCCCCAGGACCUCCUGGAGCUCCAGGUCUUCCAGGAAUCUCCUCGGGGGUGAUGGUGUUCGGGUCUUAUGACACCAUGGCGGCCACAGCUAGAAGUCAGCCUGAAGGAUCUCUGGUGUACGUUGUGGACCAAACUGAUCUCUACGUAAGAGUCCGAGAUGGAGUCCGACAAGUUCAGCUUGGGAAUUACAUUCCUUUACCAAGCCAAUAUGAUGUGGCAGCUGAAGAGUCGCCACGCAUCAUCCAGUUGCCAUCGCAGUCCAAAGUCGUUUCGGAUCCCCGAUAUCCAGACACACGAUACCAGACAGACCUGCUUUACCCAGAGCCCUCAAAUCCCAGAUAUCCAAGUUAUACGGAUCGCUUCAACCAACCAGAUGGUCGCGAUUUAGACCCUCGCUACACAGUUACCCGUCCUCAGAGACCCCCGCCUCCUGUCCCCCAAGCUCCCAUCCACAGACACACUUCAGGACCAGCGCUCCACCUGAUUGCGUUGAACAGCCCUCAGACAGGCGGCAUGCGUGGCAUCUCUGGAGCAGAUUUCCUGUGCUUCAGCCAGGCCCAGAAGUUGGGGAUGAAGGGAACGUUCCGAGCUUUCCUUUCCUCCAAAUUGGAAGAUCUCAACAGCAUUGUUUACAACUUCAACAGGGAAAACGUGCCAAUAGUCAAUCUGAAGGAUGAGGUUUUGUUCGACAGCUGGAGCAGCAUUUUCAACAAUGGCAGAAUGAAGGACAACGUUUCGAUCUACUCCUUCAACGGCAAAGAUGUUCUCCGAGACGAAACAUGGCCCGAGAAGAUGAUGUGGCAUGGGUCGACCAGCGAGGGUCAGCGACAUGUCAACAAUUAUUGCGAGGCUUGGCGAGUUGGGCAACGGGCAGUGACAGGCAUGGCCUCAUCUCUGCAGAGCCGUAGCUUGUUGCAGCAGAGUGCCAGCAGUUGUUCUAGCUCCUUCAUUGUGCUGUGUGUUGAGAACAGCUACAUCCAUGACAGCAGGCGACGAUAAUCGCCAAAAGAGCAAGCAAAUAUUCUUAACACACUUUCAUCUGUCUUUGCACCAGUUGUGUUGCUUUGUAUAUAUGAUUUUAUAAUGAAUCAUCAUUUUAUGUUUGUUUAACCUGGAUUUAUGGUGCUAGAGAGUCAUCCCACAUAUCAAUGUUGAACUUAGAUGACCUAUUAUAGCUGAUCUUUUAGCAGCUUGAGGUAUUGUUUGUUCGUGUAUCAUCAGCGAGAAGCAGCUGGUUUUUUGUUUUCUCCAGCUCAGGUUGAACAAAGACUGGUUUAACUGACAACCAAAUCACCUGUCAGAUCCCUUGUCAAACUUUGGAGGUAUAUAAUGCUUUAUUACUUCCCCUUAGGUUGAGUUUCCAACUGCCAUCCCUCUAUAAGAUUAUGGCAGAAAAGGAAAUAAUUUGGCUUUCUUGCUGAUACUUUACCCAAAGACCAUAGCAACACAGAUUCCAUCCAUCCAUUGACUUCAU